AUGUCGUGUGCAGACAAGUGCUCUGUGUGUCUGGAGGAAUUGAAACUCCCACUCGGAAUGCUAUGUGAAUGCAAACAUAUCUUCUGCUACGAUUGCAUCAAAAGGUGGUCUGGAACUAGAAGAAAGUGUCCUCUUGACCGUACACCAUUUGACACCAUCGGUAUACUCCACCGAAUUGGUGGUCCAGUUGUGGAAGAGGAGAAGCUUGGACAUCAACUGGUGGAUCGACUAGAGGGAGUGUUUGAGGAUGAUACCGACGAGAGCGACGAUGAAGUUGACCGAUUCUUUGCUCUAAUUGCCGAUACAUCUCAAUCUCGCCUCAGCGCUAGAUAUUACAUGGGUUUUAUAUCGCCCUAUCACAUAUGCCACAGGUGUUAUCGUGGUAUAUCACACGGCACGAUGACCAGAUGUCGAGGCUGUGAGCGGCCAUAUCAUAUGCAAUGCUUAAUCGAAAGUGAGCGCUCUAACUCUUCCUUCCUGUGCCCCGCCUGUCACCAGCGGAGAGGAACUCCAUUUUGGAGAACAAUAUUUCGUUCGAUCAGGUCUUUCUUUACAAACCCAUUUAGACGUGUGCGCAGACGUUGA